UGAAGUUGUAACGUGCAGUUGUUGUGUGAGCUACUGUUUAUUGGAUCAACAGCAAAAGGCAAAAAUUCAAUAAAUAUUCCUCACGUCGCCUGUCACUCAAAUAAAGCUGCUCAUGAGAUCGGUUUUACGUUGAUAGCGACGACCGGAAAUGCCACCGCGGAAUUGUGUCCGGCUUGACCGUGGCCUGUCAUCUGACUCUUUUCCUGUUGGGAGAGAAGAAGUUUAGAAACCCCACCCUCCGCACGGACUGUCAGCGCACACGUACGAGUGGUUCGAGGUCCUGACGAGUGAGCACCGACCUACGGAGAGGAGCGUGAUGAGACGCGCUGUUGGAGGCGCAGUUCCGGUGAACCACCGACUGUAACACCGGGACCACCGGGCAGCACCAGGCCACGCGCUCAACUCCGACGAGGAACUAACGGAACCUGUUUUUUUUCUUUCCUGCGCGCUGCUCCCUGGGAAGUGGAGCCGAGCAGGUUUGCUUCGCUCUUCCUGUUACUAAACUAAACUACUUUUUAUUUUUUAUUUUUAUGUUGUUCUAAAAGCGCAGCUCGUUGCGUGCUUUCUUGUAAUCAUGGAUACUCACGCGCACUGGGAUGCGGGAGCGCAGCAAAGUUGCGGCCAGACGCGGUUAUUGGAGGUUUGGGCUUAAUGCGAACUGGCCCUGAAACUUCGUCGUAAAACUCUGGUUGGCCGGACUGAAUGCUCCUUUCCUGCUAUUCUUCUCCGCUUCUCAGCGCUUCCUGCUUGUGGUGGCCACUGCACUUAAUGGCUAAAAAUACAUAAAACUCAAAAUGGACAACACAACGCUGUGGGAAACUUAAUCUGGAGUUGCAACAAUCUAAGUACUUCCCAACAAGCUUUGGGCUACUUUAUUUUCGUCUUUGUACUUUUGGUCCUCAUAAUCUCAACUCAACAGGUGGCAAUUUUUGCAUGAGGGACGCCACUGGCCUAUUUGCCCAUAGUGAGGUGAUUCAGAAGCCUCUGAAGUACAGGCCGGUGAAAUGAUAUUGUGCUCAAACCAUGUGUUGGGGAAACCACACACCACAUCACUCGCACAGAGAGAAAUUCAGUGGCGACCAUGCUGCCUUUCUGAGCUUUGAUCCACUUCAAGAAAACAAGAGCGGUCUCUCGGCUGGUUCUGCAUUUUCAAAUGUAGAGGUUUGCAUCUCACGUGAAGACGAAUGAAAGACACUUGCUGUUCAGUUCUCUCUGAAUCCUCUCCUGUAGCCCACUUGUUGGUCAAGCGUUUGAAUACAUUUCACUGGUCCCUGAUGAACCAACAAGAAAGACAGGAAAGGGAGCGAGGUUCAAUAAAGUACUCCUUUGUACUUUAUUUUCAAACCCUUCGGGUGCAAAAUCGGAUCCAGUCAAAACAUCUGCUUGAGGCUCCAUGGAGCCACUGAAGAACAUAUUCAGCCGUGGCUCACUGUCGAACUGGAAAAAUUUGGAUCAAUCACAAAAAGGGAACUUCACCAAUCCCGUGUGGACAGCCUUAUUCGACUAUGAGGCGUCCUGUAAAGAUGAGCUCACCUUGCGUAAAGGUGACCUGGUGGAGGUCCUCUCUCUGGACACUGAGAUAUCAGGGGACGAGGGCUGGUGGGCGGGCAAGGUCAACGACAAGGUGGGCAUCUUCCCGUCUAACUAUGGCUCCUUCAAGCCAAGUGGAUAUGGGAAACUUCCAGUUAGCGGCGUUGUCAGCGAGCUUGGCCCGGCCGUGGUGGGCGAGUUCGAACCUGAUGUGCUGGAUUUCCGGGAGCUGAGCCUGGAGGAGGUCAUUGGCGUCGGUGGCUUCGGGAAGGUGUAUCGUGGUGUAUGGAGAGGCGGGCUGGUGGCCGUGAAGGCAGCACGCCAGGACCCCGACGAGGACAUCAGUGUGACGGCCCAGAAUGUGAGGCAGGAGGCCCGUCUGUUCGCCAUGCUCACGCACCCGAACAUCAUUGCCCUGAAAGGUGUCUGCCUGCAGGAGCCCAACCUGUGCCUCAUCAUGGAGUAUGCAUCAGGUGGCCCGCUGAGCCGGGCGCUGGCAGGACGUCGCAUCCCGCCACAGGUCCUGGUCAACUGGGCCGUGCAGAUUGCCAAAGGGAUGUUGUACCUGCACAGCGAGGCCAUUGUCCCCGUCAUCCACCGAGAUCUCAAGUCCAACAACAUUCUCCUGGCUCAGCCCAUAGAGAAUGAGUGCAUGGAGGGGUUGACAUUGAAGAUCACCGACUUUGGCCUGGCGAGGGAGUGGCAUAAGACCACCAAGAUGAGCACCGCCGGCACCUACGCCUGGAUGGCCCCGGAGGUCAUCAAGUCCUCCACCUUCUCCAAGGGCAGCGACGUCUGGAGCUACGGUGUUCUGCUGUGGGAGCUGCUAACAGGAGAGUCACCGUACAAAGGGAUUGACGGACUCGCUGUCGCCUACGGAGUCGCCGUCAACAAGCUCACGCUGCCCAUCCCUUCCACGUGCCCCGAACCCUUUGCUCAGCUCAUGUCAGAGUGCUGGGACCAGGACCCCCACCGGAGACCCAAUUUCUGCUCCAUCCUGGCCCAGCUGACGGCGCUGGAGCAGCAGGUGAAGGAAGAGAUGCCACAGGACUCCUUCCACUCCCUGCAGGAGGACUGGAAACUGGAGAUCCAGGACAUGUUUGAUGAACUCCGGGCUAAAGAGAAGGAGCUGCGGUGCCGCGAGGAGGAGCUGAAGCGAGCGGCUCUGGAGCAGAAGUCCCAUGAAGAGUUCCUGCGGCAGCGCGAGCAGCAGCUGGCCCAGUGGGAGCAGGACGUGUUCGAGCGCGAACUCAGCCUCCUCAUCCACCACCUGAACCAGAACCAGGAGAAGCCCAACGUCAAGAAGAGGAAGGGCACCUUCAAGAAGCACAAGCUCAAGAGCAAGAAUGGCGAGAAGAUCAGCAUGCCCCAAGACUUCAUCCAUAAGAUUACAGUGCAAGCCUCCCCCGGCCUGGAGAAGAGGCGCAACUCUCCUGAUCUGGGUUCAGGCUCCUCGCCCUCCUUCGGCCCACGUUUCCGUGCGAUCCAACUCAGUCCCAGUGACAACAGCAGGUCGUUCGGGCUGAGCCCAGUCUGGCCUCUCGAGGCGUCCUCUCUCAAACAAUCGAAUGGAGACAUGAGGUUGUGCCCCCACUGGAGGCCCCAGAGCCCGAAAAGUCCCAAAAGCCCCAAAGUGCUGCGCCUCAGUCCGCAGGAAAGCAGUCUUUCGAUGAGAGCCAAGCUCCUGGGGUCAGACAGCAAUGAGAACGGAGAGUCCAAGGAUGACUUUGAGGAGUACAGACCCUCCACCCCCACCCCUCCCCCUGCACAGAACGGCUCCUCAGUGAAGAACAGCCUGCGGCUUCCUCUACCUCAGGGAGACUCGGGCAGCGAGGAAGGUGGCUCCUCCCCAGCUGGCUCCCCCAGGCCUGAGAGGGGUUCCCACGGUGGCCUGAUUAGGGGCACGCACCAGGCCCUGCUCGGGGGUGCCUCCCUCCUGGCCUCAGUAGGAUUGGGUCGCUGCCUUGAUAUGCCCCCAAGGGUGCCCCCUCGAACUAACCCCCCAUCCCUAGAGGACCGCACCACCUUCGAACUGGAGAUCUCCUCCCCUAAGCCCCUCAUCUCAGACCCCCCAGUAGUGGACGAUCUCAUCUCAUUAUCCACCUCUGAGCCGCUCCCCAGACCGCUCUUGGAUUUAGCUCUGCAGUACCAAGAACUCAAGCCCUUGCCCCUGACUCCACCACCGCCAAACCCGCGCGAGAGGAGUGGCCACCGGACGCCGCACAGUCCGCAGAGCCCCAGGACCCCCCUGCAGCACGACAAGAACAGCCCAGCGGAAUGGACCCUGAGUUCCACUUCUUCCAACGGGGAGACCAACUGCGAGGCCUGGGAGCACAAAGCUGACAGAAGGAGGAGGUCCAGCCAAGGCCUGCACACUUCCCAGCUAGUUUUGGACCUGCCCUUCUGCCAAGACACACAGGACGCCGAGGAUAAACCUUCUGUGCCCUAUUCUCUCCACCCCAACCCUGCCCUCUGCAGCCCCAAAACCCGCCGCCUGGAGGUCAGCGUCAUCCCCCGGCCCCGCCCGUCACCCAUCCGCCCCCGCAUCGACCCCUGGAGCUUCAUCUCGACUGGCGGAGGGAACUCAACUGUGGGCCGCAGUCCUAUCCGCUCGGACAGCAACCCCCUGGGCUAUCAGCCUUCCCCUACAAACCCGUUCACCAACUGUGACCCGUUCCCAUCACCGGACUGUGAUCCAUUUGCCCUCAAAGCUGACCCCUUGGGCGACUCGGACGCAGCUUCACCAUUUGACCCCUUCUCAACUCCCUUUCACACAUCCCGCUCUGCCCCGUGCUCCACCAACGGCUCGCCCACGUUGCCCUCAUUCCGCAUUGUCCCCCUCAACCCAGCCGACUCGCCCCUGAUUGACCUGGGCUGGGCGGCCUGCAGCAAGCCCCUGGAUGGCACCAAAGAGAGGGCUCACCCCCGCCGGACAAUGGGGCUCAAGCCCUUCAAGUCCCCUACUCAGCUCAGAGAUGACCGGUUCUAAACAAGGCCUCGUCUGUUGGCUUGUGACCACGUCUCCCUCCUAAGUGUUUAAAAAGUGCAGUUUUAUCACAGGAGCACAGACCAGGACUGUUUCCACUACUUUGUCCUACAUCUUAAAGGAAAGGUAAACCAACAGCUGGUGCCCAUUUCAUUCUCCCUCUCUAUCUCUGUUUCUCUAUCCCUUUGAAGGAGCAGACCACAGAUCACUAGUUCCAUCUUCAGAUCCUAUCAGACUGCUCAUAUCACCUGCUUUCAUCACCCCCUACCUUUGAAGCAUUGUGACAAUGCAGAGGUGGAUAAGGCGACUUGCACGGCUUCAUCUGUCUCUACCUCUCUGCAGACUGAAAGCAUUCAGGACAAUGAAAAAUUGGAGUGCCUUAUUUCAUGAAGUGUUUUUAAUAUAUAUCUUUUCAAGGUUCCUUGAAUGGAUAAUCUGGUGCGUAGGGAAGAUGCUUUGAAUUUGGUUUAAAUUUGCAAAUCAGCUUAGCGUUGCUGUGGAAGAAAAUGCCGUCUCCAUGUGUGUGCGCGCUUGUGUGCAUGUAUGUCUAGACUCAUUGUUCAAGGAAAGCUUACUGUUGUUUUUUUUUUUAAAAAACAGUCUACCCUGUUGCAUUAUGGGAGAAAGCACUCAGAGUGGAUAUUCUAGGCUGCUCAUGAAAUCCAAGACAAAACCAUGACCCAGGCAUUCCACUUGGAAGCAGAUAACAUUCCAGUCACAUUCCUCGGGAAAUGCCAGGGAUUGGACAGAUUCAUUGGGCUGGCAGGCGACAGAGCACAGGAAACAAGACAGGGGAGCCCUCUGCGUUCCCUCCCUAUGCCAAAGAAUGCCACUGUGACAGUGUAAGAGCUGGGACAAAGAGUGUCUGCAAAUAAGUUGUUUUUGCCUCCGCAGAGCUCCAGACGGGUGGGUUCGCCACACUGGAUGAUACAGAGAGAGACAAUAGUAUUUAAAUGUAACUUCAAUAUACUUUUCUGUGAUUGUUUGACUUGUUUGACACUAUCCCGACUGUCUUCUCACCACCCGUCUGAUGCUUUAGGAAGGUUCAACCAAAAAUAAGUAUUGGCAGAUACUACAGUACAUCAGUAUGGACGCUUUCUUCAGUCAUCUCCACAGUGGCCUCACAAAGCCAGCCCACAAUUUCACAGUGCACCACUAACUUGGUCGUCAUUGGUCCUUACAUCCAGUUCUUGAACUAGAAAAACUAGAUCUGAAAUGUCGCAUUUCUUUCUCAUGGACCCAUCAAAAUUUGUAUCGAAGAAAGUAGGAGCUGGAAGAUUUGAAAUUCAUGUUGUUUUUUUUUUACCCCUGUGAAUUGGAUUUCAUUACAGUCGCUGCAGCCAAGAAUAGAAAUAUAUAUACAGACCAAGACAAAAACAAUAAAAAGAAAUCCAAAAUAUAGAUCAGAGAAUAAAAUAAAAAGUUUGUAAAAAAUAUGUGCAUUAUAAUACUGUAUAUAAAAUACAAAUUUGAUAGAAGUGAUACCUGCAAAACCUGAUUCCAAAAGAUUUGUUCGACAUUGUUGACACCACUCUCUUAUCUGUCUAUUCAAUGUAUUCAACAUCAACUGCAACUUGCUACCCCUGGACAGAGCCGGGCUAGCUGCUUCCCCCUGUUUCUAGUCUUUAUGCUAAGCUAAGCUAAGAUAAUCAUCUCCUGAUGUGAGCAACAUAUUCAGCUUACGCACAUGAGAGAGGUAUUCUUCCCAUUUAACUCUGUGCAACAAAAAGAGAAAUUUCCGACAAUGUCAAACAAGUCCUUUUGGUAACAUGCGUCAAACAUCAGAUGUUUUAGGGAGGUUGUGAGUUGUAGGCUGGCUUUGCACAACUUGAGCUUAGGCGUUACUGAACUCUACUCACAGUUCUAUGGUCAGAAAAUAAAUCCAUCCUAAACCAUUAUGUCAGUACCGAAAACAUCUGGUAGGAACCUCUGGAUUACUGACAUAUCAUGUUCUCAGAACAGAUGCAGCAGAGACGUUUGAGCAUUUUAAUACAGGGAGGAAUUUUUUAGCAUCAGUAGCCUCAACAGAGGAGAAUGCAGCAGAGCAACCACUGACAAACGGCCUCAUCCCACUCUUGGCUCACAAUCAUUAUUGUCAGUGGUUGUUCUGCACACCUAAUGUAACAUGUUCCGACAGUUUUCUCAAAAGGCAUCCUGGGAAAUGCGUGAGGUGUGGCAGGUCACAACAUCUCAGACUCGUGAUGCAUAACCGGAGUGAGCCGGGUUCCCAAGCGCCUAGUCCGUUAACAUAAUUGGCGUAGGUCAGGCAUGUGAGCAACUGGAAGAGACCCCCUUACACGUGGCCCAAACUCGUCAUGUAACCCAUGUUUUCACUGGAGCAUUACAGGGUAGAAAUACUGAUUGGGUUCAUCACUGACACCGUGUCAUGGGAAGACAAUAACCGCUUUGUUUCCGAUGAAGAGUGAAAGACCUCGUCUCCGAAGGGGGAAAGCUUUGAGAUUAGCCUAAUAAUCCUACUGACGAAUGGAGGAGGUUGAUAGCGAUAAUUAGCCUCUUGAUAAGAGCAGGGAGAAUUAACAAUGCGUUCGGAUAUCUUCUUAAUUAAUUUCCCCCAACGUUACGUAAAUGCCAUGCAUCCUCCUCACAAGGUAUUGUAGUCGCUUGCUGCAUCGGCUUCCAUCUCGGUAGAAGCUGCGCACUUUUAAUGCAUAAAGUUUGUGAGAGUGUCUGCGGACGCUCACCCUUUUCUGUGCCCUUCCCCCUCAGGUGAUGUGGUAGAUAGCUGUACUCCUUUUUUCUUCUUACUCCCAUUCCUUUGCUUGCUUGCUCUCUGGAAGCUUUUUCGGGAGGGCAGACUGCAGAGCGUUCAAUUCAGUAACAGCCAGGUUUCUGUCCGUGAAAAAAACAGAAAGAAAUGGCACUCGUUCAAGGACAAUCCAUUUACUAGGGAGUGCUGGGAGGGAAGCAGAUUUGUUUUUGGAUGGAAAGGGGAGCUUUAUUAUAUAUUUCUAUUGCACAUUAACCUAUCUGUUCCAUCUACUACUGGACAUCCAAAGUAAUACUCACUGGUAAGAGCAGGUAGAUUGUACAGUGAAGAGUCCAGCCACUUUCAAUGGUCAAAGUUCUGUAUGGCUACACUUGAGGGGGUGAAACGCCUGCAGUCGUUGAGAGGGGUGAGAUGUCAUUCAUUUGGGAAAUAAUGGUGCACACUCUUGAAAGCAUUUGUGGUGCUGCAAUUGGUUGUACAAAUUGAAAACUGAUGUUAAGGAGGAUAAAAAAUCCAUUGUCAUUAAAAAUCCUUUUUAAUGUCAAGGGUUACACAGUUAGUUUGAGAGAGCUCAUACGCCGCCUACUUACCCACCUCCACACAGCUGGCACCUGCUCUGUAAAAUGGACCUGUGGUGUUGGAGUGCCUGUUUCGGAAAGACACAAUAAUUGUACAAAUUCUUAUGACAUAGGAAAGGAUGUAAUUUGAAGCUAAGAGUAGAAUACAAAGUUUCUAUCAUAUUAAUGUUGAGAACAUGGAAGAAAAAGCAGCAGCAGCAGCUCCUCCAUCCUAUUUUCUUGCUUUCUCAUUUAAGCGUAGUUGCUUCUUCUGGACAGAUACAGCUGGUAGGAUCACCCACAUUCACCAUUUUCCGUUGUUUCAUAUUGACCUCUGGUCCAGUCUCUCCUGCCAUCAACAGGACAUGAGCUGUGGGGAUCUUCUUCAAAGUCGGCCAAACGUUGAAGGUUUAAUUUAGCUGUUGUCUCCCUCAGCGUUGUUCCCUACCCCUCCUCUGCUCUCGUCCUCGCCGCCAUUUUAUAGACGUGACAAGUGAUGAGUUAUUGACGCGUCUCUGUGUCAACACACAAAGUCACAAGAGCCAUCCUCUGAUAAUCAUUAGGCUCGGAGGGCUGUUAUUGUCAACAGAGCUCUGUGAGUUAAAAAGAAAAGGCUACACAAAGGAAAUUGAGAUGAUUGAAACGUCUGGCUGAUUAUUUCUGUCACAAAUACAGCGUGUGUCAAGUAUCCACUUCAAAACGCCACUCAUGUCUGGUCUGGAUGUUCUCUCAGCGCUCACUUUAAUUCCCCCCCAGAGCUGAUGUUGAAAAAGCGUUACCUGCCGUUUUCCAUCAAGGGCGCGCAGAUUGAGUCCGACUACAUAAAAUAUUACUUGUAAUAACAGCAGUCACCAUGGAUUUCACAUAUAAGUUAUUGUCUGUAGUCAGAGUUGGGGGAAAUUCUUUUAUUUCUCAGAAGUGUUUCAUUUGGAGUGGUGAGAAACCUCACCUGCUGCAAAAUGACCCGUUCAUGAAAAUAUGUUGAAAUGCUUUUUUUUUUGGUUGGAUGUGACCGGGACACAUAUAUGACGGCAACGAGCAAUUCUUAGUUUUGGCUGUCAGGUUUAUGAGCCAUGGCAUCCACCCAUCUGCCGCAGCUGACAGCCAGCACUCCCAUAAGAAACUCCUGAUGGGUUGUUUGCGACUCUCUGCUCUUGGAGGCAUUGCCCCAGCCGUCAUUGCAAAUCAGCGUCUCUCUACAACAAGCAGCCGGGGAGAAUGGAAGUGAAUUCUCUACAGGAGGGAGCGAUAUCUGGCCACCAGCUCCACAGGGCGGCAGGGAGCAGACAUGAUUUGAUGAUCUUAAUUCAAAGCUCAGACCAUUGCCUCAAUCAGCGAAUGGCAAAUUGCCAAUACAUUGCAUGAAUAAAAGCUAAUGAGACGGCACAGUGGAGCAACCCAAGGCCGUGACCCUCAUCACGCCAAGAGGCACCAACUAGUGGCAGUUGUGUUUCGCAGCCAUUAUCAAGAAUGGGGGAAAAAAUCAUAUCGCAAGCUACUUAUUUGUUGGCUUAGUAAAAGAGUUUGAGUGAAAAGUGUUGCCAAUUGUCAUCAUCCAUCAGGAUUACACUCAAACUUCAGUCUUUAAAGUGACUUUGUCAACAGCAGAUACGUUUACAUAGAUACUAAUUAUCGGAUUCACACUGGUUAAAGCAUUGAUUCAACUAUAUACUUUAUGUUUAAUAGUAGCAGCAUCCACUUGUAAAACCUGCUGUAGGCUCUCCAUUAUUUUAGGUCAAAAUUCCAGUAAAAACCUAAUUUGUUUUACACACGGACAUCACAUUGAAGUGCUAAUCUAGUUCCUGCUGGAGCUAAUCACAUAAAGCUUUAUAUUUUUCCCCCCCCGAAUUACUUUUUUGCCCAACACUAUUAUUUGUUGAUGUGUUCAGUAAUAUUUUGACUUGUCUGAUAAGCUGUUACUGCACUUUGCCAGUUUUGGUGCUCCAUAGUCAUCCGUCUGUUUUUGGUAAAUCAGGACAUAUGGUGUAAAAUAUAGUUAUGGCUCUAGAUACUUUAACAUAUUCAACACAAUGCAGAUACUGUGAUUUAAUUCUAGUUUAUAAAUGUAUCAGUAUGACCCAAUCAGUGCGUUUGUCACAGUGACAACAUGGUGGCGAGUGAUGCUGGCAGAAGUUAAUGCUUUUCUCUGAUUGACAUGUGCUACUGCUGCUGUAUCAUUGCAGUUAACAGCCAACAGUAAAGCGAGCAUCACAGUGUUGUGUAAACCAAUCAGUUCUAACAACGGAGAAGAUCUUGUACUGGGAACGACUGAAUCUAGUUUCUGCCCAGCCCUCUCUGUAAACAUGGCCAAGCUCCAGGGUAGAUUUGUGAACCUUGACAAAACUGAAUCUCAAAGAAUAGUUUCAACUCCUGCACUGAACCAUCACUGAACUAUUCUGAUUACUGAAAGUAACCGAGCAUGACGUGCACGUAACCAUACCCAUUUCUGGUGUCAACUUUAACGAAGCCGGAGAGUCGAGUCAGAAGGACACUGUAUUUCUCAAAUUGUAGAAACAACAAGGAGAUUGGGAAAACUCAGGCUGAAUACGCUCCACAUAUUGAUACAUUUUUUUUAUUGAUGAAGUCUCACCUUGGCGGCUUAGUGAAGAGUAAAUUGUGAAACGCCUAACUAGAUGCCCUGGCAUUUCACUGGCUCUCACCCUAUUGCACCUCUGCUUGCUAUUGUUCAAUUAAGUAGAUGUUACAAAUGUACCUGGUUAUCAGGCUUAUUUCAGCUGUCUCACAGGCAGCCGUCGGUGCCAGAGUCUCAUUAUUGCUCUUUCUGGCUCAUAUGAAACUAAAGCACCUGUCCAGGCCUUUGUUUGGCAUUAACAGGCUGAGCCCAAAUGAUCAAAUAUGACCUUUCUUUAGCUGUACAGGAAUUGCACAUCCCAAUAGGGACGUGGACAAAAGCCGUGUCUGCAACAGGCCCCGCAAAGUGCGAAAGCUAAUGCUCGGUCUUUCAAAGAGUGAAUAUUAUUUCUAAUUUGCUUCUGUCUGUGCAUCCAAGGUCACCAUCUGCUGUCCUCUUUGUCUGUAUCAACGAAAACUAAACGAAUCGGAGCCAUGAAAGGAUGACCAAUUUGUUUCCAAGACCACAGUGACAGCUCUUGGCGCUCUGUUUAGAAAAUAAACAUGGAUUUUAGCUUUGAGAUUAAGUCCGAGGCCCACACACUCAACCCCCCUUCUCUCAACAGCAUACUGCAGCCCCAUGGUCGAGAUUAUUGUUCUGCGAAGCUACUGACACUCAAUUACUUCGUGAUCUUUCUGCAUAGAACCUGUUCCUCAAAAUGUCUGCUUCUAGUGUUGAAUGAGUGCGCUGAGUAAACAACCCUUGUGCAGACUGAUUUAUAUUUUUGUGUGCUUGACAUUGUUCACAGAUAAAAGCAAAUGAUUAGUUACUACUUUUGCCUUUCAUCUUAAUCAUGUGGAAUCGUUGUACAAAUCAGGUGCACAAGCUAGUUCUACAAAGCCUCUGGUUCCACACAACAGUAGGACCUAAAAUGUGCCCUUCAACCUUGGGUAUGUAAUUACAAUUUAACAUAAAUUUAAAGCUAAGGUUGGUGAUACUGGAAAAGCUAGCAAGAGCUGGCUACACUUUGAAAUUGUGCAAUUGAUACAUCUCCUCCCCUCCCAUCGACCCUCUUGCCAAAGCUAUGCCCCUGAAACACAUGCUGAAAAAUUGCUAGAAGCCGACUUCUCCGUGACUCCCUCACCAACUUCUGGCUAUCGCACCAGCAGGGUUCGUGCAGGCAGGAAGGUCGGUUAGUGACAGAUAUUUUGGUCGAAUGAAAUGAUGUCUAUUACAGUCCUGGGAGGGAAACUGGCUUUUUUCUUUCUUUUACAACCCUGUCUGAGAAACAUUUUACAAACACCUUACAUCUGUACAUCAGUAGGCUGCUUUUCACUCACCUCCAAUUAUUUUUUCCCGCCUUAAAAUGCAAAGCAGUCAGCCCUCUUCAAAAUUGUCCCAUGAUGUACUUUAUGAAUACUUGAUUUUGAAAAGAUUUGUUUUCUGUUCUGAAAUGCUGGUGUGAUGAAACGUGGACAAGUCUCAUUGUUAACUUGUUGUGGGAAGAAUGCUGAACGUAUGAACUCAGCGUAAAAAGCAGUUAUAGCUUGAGUAAAUCAACAAAAACAUCAGUAGUAACAAAUGUCCAAUGUCCUAUUUACAUUUAAUUGAAUGCCUACGAAAUGAUAUUGACUUAAGUGUCCGCACUGUGUCUAAUAAACACUCAGAGUGCUAAGAUUACAGCCGGCACUUAACCCGAUUAAGGUCUUUUAAGGCACAGAUAUAAUUCAAGGUAAAGUAUUUGACAGCAGCUCGAGGGUUUUUAACAGUAGGUGGUCUCUUUCAGGUGCUCAUGCUGGGGCUUAACUAACUGAACUCUAAAUGAUCCAUAAUAGAAAUUUUAAAUGGUUUGGAUGGUACAAAUCCCCAUGACUCACCGGUCACAUCUCUUCCACUCACAGCAUCACAUUACUGUAAAAGGCUUUUCCUUCUGACAGCUUCCUACCAGCAAGCUAGGGGCAUAUACAAAAUUUAUAAAUGGGGGGAAAGUGGAUAUUUAUAAAUGGCUAUCUUUUUACACACUGGAUUUAAAAUAUGUUUCUGUAUAGAUGGCCAUGGACGCAGUCUACAUUAGGAUGAUGGAUGAUUGCUUCAUAUGAUCAAAAACAUUUUAUAGGUUUUCACUGGAGUAUUUAAGUUGCGUGUAUGGGUGCUUCACAUGAGGCAGAUUAACUUUACAUUCCAGUUCUCUGAAUUCGACCAAAUCUGUAUCAAAAUGAUUCCUCUACAAGCCAGAGUAUUUUUGUGUAGCAGAAAAUUCAAGAGAAUUGCCUGGUAGAGCUUGAAAUCUGUUUUUUUUUGUGUACAUAAUUGCAAAAUCCCAAACCUAAAUUGUGGUCAAAUGUCCCCUUGGGGCACCCAUACUGAAUUUUUAUGUGCAUAAAACUGCUUGAGGGAGAUGAGGAUUUUGUCCCUACCUUAAAGUGGUGGACAAGGUCGACCUCUCCGUCUUUGUAUCUAUUUGCUUUUAAUUAUAAUUGUUCCAGAUUCAUUUCCAUGUCUUUUUUUUUGUGUGUGUGUUUUAUUACAGCCUAGGCGAUGUGAUAACGUAAUUGUUGCAUUGCCCUGGCAGCCAUUUUUACAUCUCUCUCAGAACUGUCUCUGCUCUUUUUGAGUUAGAGUUUUAGUGGUCAUCAGGCUUUGAAAAAUUCGUUAUUGUUGCAUUUUUGUGAAAUCUCGCACUGGGCUGGGCCUAAUCAACUGUUUUUAUUGUGUGUCAAGAGGAUUAUUUCUGUAUACAGUAUGUGAAAAUGUUUUUAUUUCUCUUGACUAUUAUAAUGGGUUUUAACCUGUGGAAAAAAAAAAACUAAGGAAAAAGCUCAAAAAGAGAUGAGACCAAAUAAAAUGUAACACUCCA